AUGGUUCAGAUUACAGCUUCUUUGUUGGCCCUUCUGGCCGCUGUUUCCCUCACACAUGCAGUUCCCAGCACUCUCGUAGCCCGCAAACCCGACUGUAGCAGCGGGACCCGCACAAAUCCCGGCGACGCAGCACGAUGCAUCAGAGAGCUUGCAGCGCUUGGCUCAGUCUGCACGACAGAUUAUGGCGGAAGGAUAUUGCGAAUCUGUGGAACGGCAAUGAUCUGGUCGCAUAGCCGUGGCCCCAAGGGGGCAUCGACGCCAUGUAAGAACGUCGCUGCUUCUGCUGGGUUGAUCAUGGAUGCUUGUACUUAUAACACCGGUCCGAGUGCGGGAAUUCAAGUUGCGGGAGCAGCCUAUGUGCAAGGAAAUGGCGAUUUCUGGAUCAGGAUUGAACAUUCUUGA